UGCUUGGAGUUAAAGUCAUAGUUAUCUGCAAUAUUACGAUUCCUUGCAUUUAUCGGAAACAUCAUGGCACAACAUUCCACUCAUAGCAGCUCUGGCUCUGGGCAUAGGCAUUUCAGUUCUUCCUCAGCUUGCUUGCCUGCUUUGAGCAAACACAGCAUUAGCUCCUUUGGUACAAGCAAAGUAUCUAUCGGUAAUAAGUCAUUUCCAAGUUUUGGUAGUAAAAGUGUGUAUGGCGUUGGAUCCGGAAGUGGACACAAAAUGUCAGUUGGAAGUUACUACUCAGUGAGAAGUGGUCAUGGAUAUGGAUCUAGUAAUGGACAUGGUUUUGGUGGAUCUAGCUAUGGAUUCGGGGGAUCAUGCAGCUCUGGAGGGAUCACCCCUGUCACUGUGAACCAAAGCCUGCUUUCUCCUCUCAACUUGGAAAUUGACCCAAAUAUCCAACGAGUGAGGACGGAUGAAAAAGACCAAAUUAAAGGUCUCAAUAACAAGUUUGCCUCCUUUAUUGACAAGGUACGGUUUUUGGAACAGCAGAAUAAGAUGCUUGAGACAAAGUGGGCUCUUCUCCAAGACCAAAAAACAUCCCGGUGUCAAAUUGAACCACUAUUUGAAGCUUUUAUCAGUAAUCUCCGUAGACAGCUUGAGAAUCUGGGAUGCGAGAGAGCUCGGCUCGAGUCAGAAAGAAGGACCACAGAGGACACAGUGGAGGAAUUCAAGGGAAAAUAUGAAGAGGAAUUGAACAGACGCACUUCUGCAGAGAAUGAAUUUGUAACCCUUAAGAGAGAUGUAGACACUGCUUUUAUGAGCAAGGCAGAACUACAAGCCAAGGUGGAUUCCCUUACAGAUGAGAUCAACUUCCUUAGAGCUUUAUUUGAUGCUGAAAUUGACCAGCUCCAGGCUCAGAUCUCAGACACCUCAGUGGUUGUGUCCAUGGAUAACAGUCGGGAUCUGGACCUGGAUGGAAUCAUUGCUGAGGUUAAAUCUCAAUAUGAGGACAUUGCUAACAGGAGCAGAGCUGAAGCUGAAUCACUGUACCAAUCAAGAUAUGAGGAACUGCGCAUGACAGCAGGUAAACAUGGUGAUGAUCUGCGUAACACUAAACAUGAGAUCGCUGAGCUUACUCGCAUGAUCCAAAGACUCAAAGGAGAAAUUGAGAAUGUGAAAGAACAGAGAGCGAAGUUGGAAUCAGCUAUAAAUGAGGCUGAGGAACGUGGAGAAGCUGCUGUCAGAGAUGCCAAAAACAAAUUAUCUGAGUUGGAAGGUGCUCUGCAGAAGGCCAAGCAGGACAUGGCUCGCCAACUGCGAGAAUACCAGGAGCUGAUGAAUGUGAAACUGGCUUUGGAUAUUGAGAUCGCCACCUACAGGAAGAUGCUGGAAGGAGAGGAAUGCAGGUUGGCUGGAGAGGGAAAUGGUUCUGUCAGCAUUUCUGUGCUGCAUUCCAGCACUGGAGGAUCACAUGGUGGAAGUGGACAUGGGCACCACCAGAAGAAUGGAUUUAGCUCUGGGAGCAUCUCAAUGGGAAAAUACAGCUCAGGGCAUGGACACUGCUCCUAAUCAUUUAGGGCACUGUUUGUGUUUUUAUUUUUUCUCAACAAGCAACAGCUAACUUUUUGAUUCUUUUUCAUCUUUUGUGUGCAUAACAGGUGUGCAAGGAAAUCUACUGCUUCUGUAACGUGCAUACAAAAGGAAAAUCAUGCAAUUAAUAGAACAUUCUUUUAUAACUCUCAAUUGAUCAAUAGCUUUCUCUAUAUCUACUUAGAUGACAUUUAGGAAACAUUAAUUUGCAGACAUUUUAAUGAUUUUUUUUCAGAGGUAACUACAGAAAAUAUUUCAAAGUUUUUUGUUUGUUUUUUUGUAUUUUUUUUUUGUAUCCCCACAAUGUAUAUC